AUGGUGAAAGACGGAGCACCACCUCCACCUCCUCCUUCGGAGAGGAAAACGUUGAGAGAUCUAACAUCCCCAUGUUUGGAUUCUCAACCCCUGUGUAUUACUCUGAAUGCCACAGUGGAACUUAAGUCAAAUCUUCUUCAUUGGGUUCCAAAGUUCAAGGGACUACUGGGUGAAGAUCCCAAUCGACACCUGCAGCAGUUUCAGAAUACAAUAAGAUGUAUGAAAAAGAGCGAUGAUAAUGAUGAUACAACUUUUCUACAAGCCUUUCCGUUUUCAUUAACGGAUCAAGCAGAAUCAUGGCUAUAUUAUCUCCCUUCUGGAAGUAUUACUACAUGGACCAGAAUGAAAAAGCUAUUUUUAGAGAAGUAUUUUCCUGCUUCUAAAGCUACAUCUAUUCGUAAGGAAAUCAGUGGCACUGUACAAAUCCUUGGAGAAUCUUUGUAUGACUAUUGGGAGAGGUACAAGAGAUUGUUGGCUAGUUUUCCACACCAUCAGAUACCACCACAACUUAUUAUCACACACUUCUAUAAAGGGUUACUACCGCAUGAGAGACACUUGAUUGAUGCGUCUAGUAGUGGUGCACUGGCUAAUAAAACCAUCGAGGAAGCUACUAGUUUGAUCGAGAGCAUGGCUGCAAAUGUGCAACAAUUUUAUACUAGAGAUUCAUCGGUGGUUAGAAGAGUUAGUGAGAUGGGAGAUUCUUCACAUAUUGAGCAACAAAUAGGUAAUGUGGAAAAGAUGGUUCAACGGAUAACUUCUGCAGUCAUUCCUACAUAUGAAGAUGAUGCUGAGGUGAAUGUUAUAUUUCCUAAUCAAAGGCAAAGGUAUGAUCCGUACUCAAAUACUUAUAAUCCUGGUUGGAAAGAUCACCCAAAUUUUAGUUAUGUGAAUAAGCAAGUUGCAGCUCCUAAUCCAUAUGCAAGAAAAGGUGGUUUUCAACAAUCACAACUCCAGCCUCAAACUCAGCAACAGACUCAGAGUUCCAGUUUAGAGGAGAUGAUGAAGGUUAUGAUGCAAGAGCAAAAGGGAAUAUCUCAGAAACAAGACGCUAUUUUGCAACAAAACCUACAAUACCAACAAAAGAAUGAUGUUGUUGUUAGACACUUACAAAUACAAAUGGGGCAAAUGGCGACUGAUAUGAAUUUUCUAAAAACACAAACAUCAACAAAGUUUCCAUCACAACCUUUUGUAAAUCCAAGAGAAUGGAUUGGACCGUUUGUUCUUACUAAUGUUUUCGCUUAUGGUGCAGUUGAAUUUAUAGUCAUAGAGAUGGGACAACUUCAAAAGUAA